AUGGCCGGCCACCACCACGACGUUCUCCACAAGGACCCGGCGCUGACAAAGUACGCCGCACUCAAUACCAACCGCUUCAGAUACUUCCGCUGGAAUAACCGUACGGCGAAGUUGUCGUUCAUCUACGUGGUUGCGAUUCCGGUCGCGUUAGGCGUGUUGGCAUUUAAAACCGAUGGUAAAUAUGAGUUUAGAGGAAAGAGGAGAGGAGAUAUCAUCUCUGAGUACUAG